AAUAUCAGUUUACUCUAUGCAAAAGACACAAUAUCAGUUUACUCUAUGCCAAAGACACAAUAUCAGUUUACUCUAUGCCAAAGACACAAUAUCAGUUUACUUUAUGACGACGAUAUACUAUAUAUAUAUAUCAGUUAUACACAAAGCCGCGCUUAUGUUAUGAGUUGAAAUCAACGACAAUAAUAUAGUAUCAGUUAUAUAGCAGAUUAUCAGAGUGUAAACUAAAAGUUGAAAAACACUAUUAUACGAGUUGUUGUCGUUGUAAAUUUUACACCAUGUAUAAGUAUUCAUUCAAAUUGUAAUAUUGAACUGGACGAAACUAGAAUUGUGUACACAUUAUUAAUAAUUUACUGCAUUUAGUUGUACAGUAUAUUCCGUUUCAUCCUUUUAAAUGCAGUGUUAAAUACUUUUAGUUGUUUCCAGACCCUGAUAUUAAUUUCCUCCUAUGCUUAACUUCUCCCUCCCCGAAAAUUGAAAUGUUCGUUCAAUGAUGGUAUGAUAAUCACGUGACAAUUGUCCUCUGGAAUUCAGAAAAUAUUUAUCGGCUUGUUACUUUACAAAGCAUUUUGUUAUGUGAGCACUUCAACACAGUUUAAAUUACUGCACUGAUUCCAGCACUAGCUUCUGUGUAUCUGUGAAAAUAUCAUUUAUUUUCGGCAAACAAAAAAGUCCCUAGCAAUAUUUUCUAAUUAUCUUAUAAAAUGUAUUAUUAUUUCGGGGAUUUAAAAAAAAUCCGGAACUGUUGGUUAUUUAAUCACUUAUUUUUCUUAAACUGACAUCAUCAAAAUACUUUAUAUUUAUAUUGACAAUAUAUUUGUUAUGUUAACUUUACAUGUUUUACAAAAAAGCAUUCGGAAUUCCAAAAAUAACCAACUGUGCUGAUCUUCUCGAAUUAUUCCUAUAUUUGUCUGUGAGGUUUAUUUCUAUGGUCAUCGCAUCGAUUGAAUAGGUUUUCGUGUUGCCAAGUUUAUUGUCAUUCAUAAUGUCUUCCUUAUAAUGUUGUUUGGUAGUUUUUCGGUAUAUUUUUGCCAUGCUUUUGCCAGCUUGUGUUCGACUUUAAUAUGAGUUUUAUUAUCUCUUUGGUAUCUUCUCCCCUCUCAUUAGCACCAUAUAAUAAGAUAUAGACAUUAAAAAUGAGGACCAGUUCACAACUAAGAUUAACGACAAAAGGGAUGACUUGAAUUUUCUCAUUUCUCUACUUCCAGUACUAGUUCUUUGAAGCAACAAUAUAGAAUCUCUUGCAUUUAAAGUAAAUAUCUAAAAGAUAUUUUGACCUUGUAUUCCAUAUCAUGAUAUUUUUAAAAGGCAUUGCUGCAGACGCGGAAGCUACUGAUGCAACGGUUAUCAAAUGAAUUUCAAAUUCAAAGAAGUGCUGCAACCACGGUUAUUUUGGCUAGUCGUUUAAGGAAAACCCAAUUCGUAAUAAUAACCUGUAUAAUCGAAAAGUUUAUCAGAAGUUAUCUGUGAGGUUUAACAUCUCGUGGUACAUAGAAUCACACAAAGAUAAAGUCCAGGUUGUGAAACAAUAUCAGUUAAUUACACAAUUAUCAACAUCUAAAGUGUUAAAUAUUUCCCAUUCGCUAAUAUGAAGUAGGCUAUCUGUGUUUCGAUAUCUUUUCAUAUAUAUCUAUAGUGAAAUCAACUUUGACGAUGAAAGUAGUUUUAAUCCUGUUAGCUGUUUUCAACAGUGCAGACUAUGUAAUGGCGUGGUAUGAUUCUGUGGGUUUUGGAGCAUGUUCGUCGAUCUAUGAUGUAACUGAAGAUCAUUCGUACCAAAUGUCAUGGAAUGGAUACAGUCACUUCAGUGGAUGUAGAGUAUCAUUUCACGGUUAUAGUGACGAUCUUGAUAAAUAUAAAAUAUGUAUAAGAGCAACAAUAUGGAAUGUUAAGGAUGCUGGUGUUACUCUGAAAUAUUACAGUGGAAGUAGCAUUCUUUCUACAUACAUUCAAAAGACGUAUACAGAGUAUGAUGGUGAUCCAACAUUUCAAUGGUGUUCAGACCAAGACGAUUAUGUUGACAUUGAGCUCAUUACAGGAUCUCUUACCAAUUCGAUCCAAGACCAGAUAAUAUUAGAUGUCACAGCUGUGAAGACAUAUACCUAUUAUAGUUAUACUGGAACAAUCGGCGGCACAGUGGCAGGAGCUAUUUUCUUUGUUGUUUUAAUUGUUAUCUUUGGGGUGGUCUGCAGACGACGUGUGUAUGCAAGGUCAAUAACAACAUAUGGCUCUCCAACUCAGGCUACCUCUGUCAUAACCCAGUCUGGUUCACAACAAAUGGGAGGAUUCGCCAAUCCUGGAUAUCCAACUGGUCCGGCAUCUCCUCCUCCGUAUGCCCCUCCUCCAAAUACUGGUUAUCCUGCUCCACAACAAGGAUACUCCAACCAACAACAGUAUCCACCACCUCCAUAUCCACAAGCUAAUGUAGGCCAGCAACAUUAUCCAGCAGGAGGACCAACAAAAUACUGAUAAAUUUGUCAUCUUACUUUUUUUCAACAUCUAUAUGUAAUCGCCGUACGGUGACGUAUAGUUGUUAAUUGUGGCGAGUUUUCUCAUUAGCAAUAAUACCACAUCUUCUUUUUAUAUAUAUAUUGAAAAGAAUGACAAUAGAUUGCACUUUGUUUUGAACAAAAUGAUCGCAUUGAUGGAAAAAAUCUUGUUAUAAAAU